AAAUAAUAAAAGAAUCAGGUGAUUGCAUUUCUGUGACAUGAAAAAGUAUUGCAUAUCAUGUCUAUUCUAUAUUUCAUCUGUGGUUCAAUAUUCACUUAUGUCGAUAAGUAAAUUUUCAACAAGUGUGGCAGCCAUUUUUAGUCAAAUCUAAUGAAAUCAUUAUUUUUAUCAUAUCAUUUUUUGACAUUUUAAGUUUUUAUUGUGCUUGAUUUGUAGCUUAUAAAUAACAUAUGUUCCAAUUAAAGAAUAUUAAUGAAAAUAAAAUAAUAAAUAAUAUUAAUCUAAAGUUAGAUCGUAAUCGUAUUUUAAUUAAAUAAGAUAUAAUUUCUUGGAAUUUAGAUUUUUGUAAAUAAAACAAGUGAUUUAAAAGACAGUCUGAUAAUGGGCAAUGCUGGAAGUAAUCAACCAGUUGGACAUCACCACACAAGUAAUACAAAUAGAGAGCAUCGUCAUGUUAAAGAAUAUCCUCCACCUUCACCAGGGAAGGAAGGCCAAGCUUUUGUUUUUGAUAAAAAACCAAGCCAAAAAUUAGUUUUUCAAUCAUCUCAUGAAGAAGAAGAACCUUAUUUUGCUAAAACUAACGCUCAUCAAGAUGGAGAUGAUUUUACUUCUCAACGUCCUCGUUCAAAUACAGUAUCCGAAGGUACUAAAGUAACAGAUAGUAAAGUAUUACCAACAGUUUUUAAAUGGGAAGGAGGUGGUAAACAAGUUUAUAUCAGCGGAACUUUUACUGGAUGGAAAACAUUACCAAUGGUUAAAAGUCAUGGUGAUUUUGUUACAAUUAUUGAUUUGCCAGAAGGAGAACAUCAAUAUAAAUUUUUUGUUGAUGGUGAAUGGAGACAUGAUCCAGAUAUUAAAAUUGUUGAUAAUGGUAUGGGUUCCAAAAAUAAUUUAGUAUCUGUAAGAAAAUCUGAUUUUGAAGUUUUCCAAGCUCUUGCAAAAGAUAGUGAAGGUGUUACAAGUAGCGCACAGACGGAAUAUGGACAAGAAAUUCCUCCUCAUAAACCUUGGGAGAAAGUUGCCGGUCCACCAAUAUUGCCACCACAUUUACUUCAAGUUAUUCUUAAUAAAGAUACUCCUUUAUCUUGUGAACCAACACUUUUACCAGAACCAAAUCAUGUUAUGUUAAAUCAUUUAUAUGCUUUAAGCAUUAAAGACAGUGUAAUGGUUUUGUCUGCGACACACCGUUAUCGCAAAAAAUAUGUUACGACUUUAUUAUACAAACCAAUUUAAGGAUAUUAAAUCAUUCCUGAAGCGAUCAACUAUUGCUAGUUACAUCAAAUUAAUACAUAUUUUGUAGAUAAGAUAAAUAUCGAUAUUCAAAAUAAUUAUUGGAAAGUUGACAAUGCAUGAAGUUUGUUGUAUAUCAAAUGUUAUAUAUAAUGUAAUUAUUAUUUAUUAAAAUUAUUUUAUAUUAGA